UUGCAAGUUGCACUUCAGGUCACUCCAAGUCAUUUGUCAUUCUGGAUUAUAGCAGCCGUAGAGGAUUACCUGCAUCUGAGCAUUUGUGUCUAUGAGGUGAACACCAGGCCAACACCCACAUCAAGAAAAGUAUUGCCGCAGUAUCAUAGAAAUAGAAGUCCUUUUACCACUUUAUAAAAUAGAGUAGGAAACUUCAGAGUUUGAAGUUGUGCUACAAGUGCCAGAGAAUAACCAAGGGCUGACAAUUUAAACCUAUAAAUAGGUCCGAAAGAUUUCCAACAGCAGCAGUAAUGGGUAACAGCAAGAGCGGAGCAGUGUCCAAGGAGAUCCUUGAGGAGCUGAAACUCAACACCAAGUUCUCAGAAACUGAGAUUGUCCAGUGGUAUGAAAACUUCAAAAAGCAGUGCCCAACUGGCCGCAUCACGAAAGAGGAAUUUCAGAACAUCUACCGCAAGUUCUUUCCUGACAGCGAUGCCAAUACUUAUGCCCAUCACGUCUUCCGCUCCUUUGACGCAAAUGACGAUGGCACGCUGGACUUCAAGGAGUACAUCAUUGCCCUCCACAUGACGGCAACAGGGAAGACCACGAGUAAACUGGAAUGGGCAUUCUCGCUGUUUGAUGUGGACAAGAACGGAUACAUCACCAAGUCAGAGGUCACAGAAAUCUGCACGUCAAUUUUCAAGCUGAUACCAAAAGAUGAAGUGGAAGAUCUACCUGAGGAUGAAAACACGCCUGAAAAGAGGGCAAACAAACUCUGGAAAGUCUUUGAAAAGGGCGACGAUGACCGAGUUGCAGAGGGAGAAUUCGUCCAGGGAUUGUUGGACAAUGAAGACGCCCUCCGUUUGAUUCAGUAUGAACCUAUAAAAUAAGUUUUCUACCUGAAUGAUUCAUCUCCCACUGGUUCAGAUCAUUCUGUAAAUGCAGUGGCACCUGACGGUAUCCUCACACAUUGUGAACACAUAAGUGUAUAUAAUGCCCCUUGAAAAAUAUUGAAACGUAAUCUCCUGCUUGGUUUCAUAUUUGUUACCUGUCCAUGUGUGCUGACUGAGUUGUUUGUAGUAAAAUUAAGGAUACACUUAAAAACUGUGAAACAGGAGGUAAUGCAAGGACAUUACUUUGACUGCAAAAACAAAAAUGCACUAUGCUUUACAACAGGUAUCUAUAAACUGCUGUUUGUCCAAUCUACAUUUUGGGGGACAGAGAAAUCUCUGGACCCAUCUGAGACUCAAACUAAUUUUUUUACAGUGACUACAGCAGAUAACAUAUAUAUUUAUUUAUUAUGAAUUUCUGAUACAGCCAGUAUCUAGUGGAAAUAAAAAAGGGUAGUAUGACGAUUUGUUUUGGUGUGAGGAUGUACUCAAUUCAGUAAUAAUAAUAGUUAUUGUUAUCCUUUGUGAACCCUGACCAACAUGCAAUGUCGCUUCAUUACUGUAGUUUAAUUAGUAUCUGACCAUUUUCACUUUAACCAUGGGGCACAUUUUUACAUGUUUGAUGUUUAUGUGAUGAAUAUGGAAAGUAGUCUUGGUCCUGGAUGUUCCUUUGUAAUAUAUUCAAUAAAUCGAAACAAUUAAAUUCUA